GCUUGUGCUGCUAGCCUGCACCAGGCCCAGAUGAUGAAACCUACCUGCGGUGUCGCUCCUACCAACCUCUUCCGACAUCUCGGAAAUGGUCAAAAUCCACGCGAACGAUGAGUGCAACUCGCCAUUCUCAGUGGUGGGAAUCAUGCAUUGGCCUGGAGUCAGCAAUAUUCAAGAUGGCGUUACCGUCGACUUGGGACACAUGAAUGGAAUUCAGGUCCAUACACAAGGAGAAGACAAGGUCGCCAAACUUGGCCCCGGGGCACGAUGGGGCUAUGUCUAUCGAGCUUUGCAAAUUUUGAAUCUUGUGUUCCUGGAGGUGUUAUGGAUUGGAUUGGCGUUGGCGACUUUUUACUUCGAGGUAAGUGAGAAUCCGAACAUAUUACUUACGCUGAUGAGCCUGGGCGUGGUCGCGAUUGUCUCGUGUUUGACGGACGGAUGCUGGCUGUGGUACAGGCGGAAUGCCAUUCUUCCCUUCUCAAAUGGGCUUUGUAUGUGACAAUAUUCUCGAGUGUGAGGUCGUUCUCGGAAAUAUUACGAUUUAGAAGGCAACUGCUACGCAGCAUCCAGAUCUAUGGCAUGUACUGAAGGGAGUAAGACGUACAAAUUAAAGAUAAGGGAGGAAAUUGAACUGAUCAAAUUAAGCAGGGAAACAACUUUAGGAUCGUGACCAGCUUUACCUUGAAGACAUACCCUAUCAGCUCUGUUUGGGGAGGUCGUGUUGAGCACUCGGCGUCCAGAUAAAGAGCAACUUAAAGCAAUUCAUCCUUUCAGCGAGCACGCUGGAAUG